CAUGUAGAGAAAAGAAAAGCAAUGGACGGUGCUUUCCUCAGAAGCCACACGCUUUCUUUAUCCCCAUUUCCAAUAGCAGUGGUUCUUGGCCAAAAAAAAAAACGAAUAUAGAGACUAUUGAUGGGUCAAUUUCAUCUCGUAGUGUUUGUUUUCCCUUGGAGUUGGAAAUGGUUGGUCACGUUAUCCAACUAACAGUCGUCUCUGCUAUCUAUCUAACUUUGUUGCCACUCCAUAACCAAUCAACACCCUUCUCCUGUUCUCCAUACCCAAUGCCAAACUCACGCAAUCCCUUCCAUCAUCUUCUUCAGUCACCUCUGAAAUUUUUCUGAUGCAAACUACAGCAAACCCAUAAGCCCCGUGACCCUUCAUAAAUGUCUUCUGGAAACAUUAGCCUGAUAAAACCACUCUCAAAAUCUUUAACUGCUCUAUUUUUAUAUGUAUUCUUUGCACUGGUAUGCAUACAGAAACUGCUCAAGUACCCACACUGAUUUCUCUUCAGUGAAGUGGUUUUCUUGUGCAGUGCAAUAAUAUCUGCAUAUAAAAUAAUCAAAAAACCGAAAUUCAAAGGAUAAGCAAAAAAAAAAAAAUGAUAUUGUGUUUUCCUAAUGUAUUUUGGAUUUCGGAAAUAAGUUUAGGAUUCAGUUUUCUUGUUAAAUAAUGAUUCCUUGCCUUGGGUUAUAAGGAAUAGGAUUUGGUCUUAUUUCCUUUAUGUUUAGGGUUUAUUGUUUUCCUAGAAGCUCAUGGAUUAGUGUUCUAUAUAAUACGCCCCUUACAUUGUAUUUUCCAUUUAAAGUUCAAUCAACCCGAAAAACAAAAUCUUUGUUUUGUUUACCGACCAAAAAAAAACUCUAGAUCGCAGCCAUGUCGACCAAGCAAGGUGGAAAAGCAAAGCCACUGAAACAACCCAAGGCGGCGAAGAAGGAGUACGAUGAGGAUGAUUUGGCCAAGCUUCAGAAGAAGAAAGAUGAGGAAAAGGCACUGAAGGAGCUCAAAGCCAAGGCCCAACAGAAGGGGACUUUUGGAGGAUCUGGCCUCAAGAAAAGUGGGAAGAAAUAAAGAGGGUUUUCAAAACAUAUAUUUCGGAUUGGGCUCUCACCAUGAAAUAAUGUCUUUCAAUUUUAGCAAUAGUUUCUAGCUUAAAGUGUAUGGUGUGUAUCAAGACUAAAAAAAUUGAGUUUCUCAACCUUCUUUUUUCGAUUGAUCAGUUUCUUAAUCUUUCUGUGCUAAGCUCGGUUUCGUCGGCACUUUUUUUUUUUUAAUGUAUUAUUUUCUUAUAAUUAGUUCAUCCUUGUACUGUUUAAGUAUAAGGAUUAACCGACUAUAGUCGGUCAAAACCAGUCGUGC